UAUAAGAAAUAGAUUUGACUUAACCCGGUCAGCGGUCACCACUCACCAGAGUCUCCAUCAUCGGCUGCCUUGACUUCAACUUCACACCUUACUCUCUUACUUACCCUAAUAAUCAAAAUCAAAAAUCAAAAAUCAAAACACCAAUCUUUUUUUCUCCAACUACUCUUUUUCACAAUUCCAUCUCAAAUCAUACUCUUCUGGGUUCCAUUUCUCUUGCUAUGUAUCAAGAUUUUAAGUAACCGCUGAGUUACCAGUAUUAGCUGAUAUUGGGGGUACGUCAUUUUUGCUUCUUAUUUGACAAUGGCUGGUAUUAUCUGGUUGAUGCUGCUGUCAGUAGGUUUUGUUCAUUCUUAUGUAGUAGAUGGAGAAUUAGGACCCAGGACUAGAACUUCUAUGACUUACAAAUAUGAAAGAACUGAUGAGGUCAAGAAAGAAUGUUCUUUCGUUUUAGCUUCUGCUUCUGAAAUGAAACCUGAUGAUAACAGAAUCUUUAGCAUAAAACAUGAAUUAUCCUUUUUGAAUGGAGAUUGGUGGCAAGUGUCCAAUGAGGCUUCCCUAAUGCCCUUUGAUGAUAGAGAUCUUUUGAACAAAUCAUUAGAUCUUCGAUCUCCGUCAAACUUAGUUUCGUUUUGGGUUACUGAUGUUGAUCGUGCUCAUCGGUCUAAGAAGUCUGUGAGUGUGAGUGGUAUAUUGCAGAUUGGUGUCACCCUAGAUGGGUUGUUUUCGAGUAAACCCUACGAAAGAAGUCCUCAUUUUGAUAUAUGGCCCGGUCAUUCCCAGCUCUCUGUGUUGUUUGAAGGAGUAUACGUUGAAUCGAAGAAAAGUCAAGGGGAAAGAGUAAUGUGUUUGUUAGGGACAACCAUGUUGCCUUCUCGUCAGCAAGAGUCUAGUGAUCCGUGGGAGUGGGUAAAGGAAUCUGGUUAUACUAAUCAGCCACCUCUUAUGCAAGAUGAUCGAAUUUUGCUCGUGCUUCAUUAUCCUAUAACAAAUACACUGACAAAUAGAGCUAUUGUUGGAACCAUGAAAAGCUUAAACCCAAAAACCAGUUUUAAGUACUUUGAUGAAGUUCAUAUGUCUUCUUGGCUAGGAAUUUCUUCUAAGUACGAAUUUGGCUCGGAAAAGCUUGUUUCAAAAGCUUGUGAUCCAUACCCGUACAAAGAUAGUCUGAGUACUGACUUAAAUACAUAUAGAGGGCUUGACUUCUGUUAUAUUCUUCAAAGAUUCACUCACCAAGAAGCCUUAACAGUUGUGCCAAACUGGAAAUGCAACGGUACUGAUGAUUUUUGCAGUCAAUUGGGUCCAUUUACAUCAGAUAAGGAGAUAAAGGCCACGGAAGGAGGUUUUAAAGAUGUCAAGCUUGUCCUUCAGGAUGUUCGAUGUGAUAAAAGUUCUUCAAAAGAUAAUGUCUCUUUUACAAGGGUCUCUUCCAUUUUUAGAGUGGUGUCUCCGUUUGAGAAUCAGUUCACCGCAACACAAAGGACUGGGCUUAAUAACAUGACUCUUUCUGCUGAAGGAAUCUGGAAAUCUUCCAGUGGACAGCUUUGUAUGGUUGGUUGCCGUGGACUUGCUGGUGCAGAAGGCAGCAACUGUGAUUCUCGAAUCUGCUUGUAUGUUCCGCUGUCUUUUUCCAUAACACAGAGGAGCAUAAUCACUGGCCAUUUUUCCAGCAUCGAUGGAAGCGGUAGGCCUUACUUCCCUUUAUUAUUUGAGAAACUAAUCCGCCCUGUUGAGCUGUGGGAUCAAUACACUGCUUCUCGUCCAUACUACAAGUACUCAAAAAUCGAUGCAGCUGCGGCAGUCCUUGAGAAAAAUGAGCCCUUCAACUUCGGUUCAAUGUUUAAAAAAUCGCUGUUGACAUUCCCAAAACUGGAAGAUGCAGAUUCUUUUACAGUCAGCCUUUCAAUUCUUUCUGAAGAUCUCAGCCUUCACACAUCAGCAGUAGCGGAUCAAAUCCCUGAUUCAGCUCACCAAAGAUUUGAUAUUGAGAUGGAGAUUCUCUCUCUUGGUCCAAUGUUUGGGCCUUUGACAAAUGGCUCAAUCAGUGAAAAAGAGAACUCGUAUCAUGCUAAAGCUGAAUACACAGAGAAACAGCUUCUCUUAAAUGUUUCUGCUCAACUCAGUCUCGCUGGAACCUCAUACAACAUCUCUUUGCUUUUCAUAGAGGGGUUGUAUGAUCCGCAUGUUGGAAAAAUGUACCUCAUUGGUUGCAGGGAUGUUCGAGCCUCGUGGAAACUUCUAUCAGAAAGUAUGGACCUUGAGGCUGGAUUGGAUUGUCUAAUCGAGGUGGUUAUAGCAUAUCCACCAACCACUGCUCGUUGGUUGGUCAAUCCAGCAGCUAAAAUCUCCGUAUCUAGUCAAAGGAAUGAGGAUGAUCCACUCUAUUUUAAUCCUGUGAACCUUCAAACAUUCCCCAUUAUGUACAGGAAGCAACGAGAAGAAAUUCUUUCGCGCAGGGGCAUAGAGGGAAUUCUCCGCGUCUUGACACUCUCUGUGGCAAUUUUUUGCAUUUCCAGCCAACUACUUUACAUCAGAGAUAAUGCAGAAUCAGUACCUUAUGUCUCGCUUGCGAUGCUGUGUGUCCAAGCUCUUGGCUACAGCCUGCCUUUGAUCACAGGUGCAGAGGCUCUGUUCAAAAUGGUGGGUGCUGAAACCAAUGAGACUCCAUCUUACGAUCUUGAUAGCAGCCAGUGGAUUCGUCUGAUCGAUUAUACUGUCAAGGUUCUUGUGCUUGUUGCCUUUUUAGUAACGGUGAGGCUCAGCCAAAAGGUGUGGAGAUCCCGUAUCAGAUUACUGACGAGGAACCCUCUUGAACCACAGCGCGUUCCAAGUGACAAGUGGGUACUUCUCAGUACACUGAUAAUACAUGCUGUUGGAUAUACCAUUGUUUUGUUCAUCCACUCCUUUAAUACAAGCCAGAAACCUCUUCGUGCUGAACAUUACGUAGAUUCCACUGGAAAUUUCCACACGUUGAGGGAAUGGGAAACUGAAUUGGAGGAGUACAUGGGUUUGAUUCAAGAUUUCUUUUUGCUUCCUCAAGUAAUAGGCAACCUUGUUUGGCAAAUCCAUUGCAAACCACUCAGAAAGCUAUACUAU